UUGCCCGCCCGCCUCUAGGUGGCGGUGUAUGUUGUCGCUGUGGACGGUGGUACGUCCUCUUUCUCCAAGAUGUCGGUGUUCGGGCCAGUGGUGAAAAUUCAUCCCGUCGUUCUUGCUUCUAUCUCUGACUCUUACGAGCGUCGGAAUGAGGGGGCAAGUCGAGUGAUCGGAACUCUCUUGGGUACUAUUGACAAGCACUCUAUUGAGGUGACCAACUGCUUCUCUGUCCCUCACAACGAGUCCGAAGAUGAGGUUGCUGUGGACAUGGAGUUUGCCAAGAACAUGUAUGAGCUUCACAAGAGGGUGUCACCCACUGAGGUCAUCAUUGGAUGGUAUGCCACAGGGUUCGACAUCACUGAACACUCUGUUCUCAUCCACGAGUACUACAGCCGUGAGGCCACCAACCCCAUUCACCUGACAGUGGACACGGCGCUGCAAAGCGGCAAAAUGAACAUCCGCGCUUACGUCAGUGCCCAGAUGGGUGUACCAGGAAAAACAGUUGGUGUUAUGUUCACCCCACUGACUGUCAAGUACAUCCACUAUGACACAGAGAGGAUAGGAAUGGAUCUGUUACAGAGGACACGUUUGGCUACCACACGUACCAAGGGCCUGACCUCUGACCUGUCUCAGGUGGGUGGUGCUGCAGCCAGGAUACAGGACAUGCUGACCACUGUUCUCGCAUACAUCGAGGACGUACUGUCAGGAAAAGUGACAGCAGAUAACAGCGUGGGCCGCUUCCUCAUGGACCUGGUCAACAAGGUGCCGACCAUCUCAGCUGAGGACUUUGAGAACAUGCUUAAUUCCAACAUCAACGACCUGCUGAUGGUGACCUACCUGUCCAACCUGACCCAAGCACAGAUUGCCCUAAACGAGAAGCUGGUGCUGCUCUGAGGACAUUUCUGUAGAUCAUAUUUAAUUUUUUUUUUUAAUUUUGGCCGAGAGAAAUAAAGAUGUUACCAGUCA